AGUUAACUUCCGCCACCAAAGAAGAAGACGAACAGGACUAGCGGUUGCUUGUUGUUUCUUUUUUUCUGCGUCUACUGCUGCGUUUGUUGUUAAAAUUUCAAUGUUUGCAUAGUCUUCAUUUAAAGGACAACAUGCCUGUAAUCUGUGCGGCGGCAGGAUGCAACAAUAAAUUCGUUAAGGGGUCGGAAAUAAGAUUUUAUAGGUUUCCUCUAAGUAAACCUCAACUAGCCAGCAAAUGGGUGCAGAGUCUGGGGAUGAAAAGUUUCAUCCCCACCUCCAACACCUGCCUCUGCUCUGAGCAUUUUAGAAACGACUGCUUUAGGGAUUACAACGGCAAGCAGUUUCUACGAGAAGAUGCCGUGCCCACCAUCUUCACCCAGGGGCAGGACUCGUCAAAGAUCGAGCUGCGGAAAAGAGCAGUCGUGCCGAAAGAGUCGAAUCCGCCAAAUCAGAUGACGACGCAGGCAGAGAGGGAGAGGGUCAGAGAGAACGCCAUGCGGCGAGAAAAAAGGGGAGGAUUCAGGGGAGGUCGAGGAGGCCGCGGAGGCAAACAGAUGUCAGACAGGCUGAGUGCCGCGGCCAAGAGCAAAGUGUACGACAGCAAAGGCCGGCUGCUGUCCAACGGCAAGGACGUGUGCGACUGCCUGGACGUGGACUGCAUGGGCUGCUUCUACCCUUGCCCCGAGUGCGGGUCGCGCAAGUGCGGCGUCGAGUGCCGCUGCGACAGGAAGUGGCUGUACGAGCAGGUGGAGGUGGAAGGAGGAGAAAUCAUUCGGAACAAGUUCGCCAUUUAGAGACUUUUGGUGACGGUUUUUGAGGGCGGGAAGCUUUUCCUCUUCUUGAAAUCUGUUGAGCAGUUCCAGACCCCAGAAGGUUUGUAUAAAAGGUUGACCUGUAUAGCAUUUUUCCACAACUUUGUUUUUUGUUUGCAGUAUUAAUAUCCUUUACAUACAUGAACGUUCCGUUAUUUGUUGAAGACAAACAUGUGUGAGAGAAUAUUACAACAUUAUUUCAUUUUAAAUGUGUUUCCUUCGUUUAUAUGCUGAGUUCAUGCUUUUAUUUUGUAGUUCUGUUAGGGUCCAGUUGAAAUAAAAACAUUUUGUUGCAAAAAAACAAAUGUGUUUCAGUUUGAAAGCUCUAUCUUUGAGCAUUGUGCUUGUGUUUGGAUUGGUCUCAACAACAAUAACAACUGUGAAACUUCAAAAUAAAGUUUUACUUCUGGAAA